CAAGAAAUAAUAAGUUGACAUAAUAUUAUGAAAGAUGAGAAAUAAAACGUAAUUUUGCUUCAAAUUAUUGGAAUGAAAGUGAAUAAAAAAAGAUUUUUUGAAAGAAAUUAAUUUUUUUCUAUCGAAAUAAAUAUUUUACACAAUGGUUACCAAUAUGUCGAGAUUGAAUGAUGAUUGUCUUCUACAUAUUUUUCAAUAUCUUCCAAUUGUCGACAAAAUCAAAAUGGAAAGUGUUUCUCAUCGAUGGCGUGAUUUAAGUUUAAAAUCAUGGUCAAAAUUUCGAAAAUUGAAUCUCUCAUGUAUUACAUGGGGUUUUCCUGUAAGUGAUAAAUUCACCUAUGUUGAUGAUCAAAUUUUAAAACACGUACUAAUUCGUUGUGGUAAAUUUUUAAUUGAAAUCGAUAUUUGUAAACCAUUCAAUGAAGAUGGAACAAUAAGUCGUAAAGACGAAACUAAAGUACACAUAAUUGGUGCAACAAAUGAUAUUUUAAAAAUUAUUGCCACCUAUUGUCCAUUAAUUGAGACAAUUUUUAUUUCCGAUCCAUGUAUUAAUUUAAUUGGCAUACGUAUUUUAAUUGAAAAUUGUAAAAAUAUUUGCAAAUUAUGUCUUGUUUCACGUAAAUGGAUUUGGAAUGAAGAUGAAUUAGGUGAAAUUUUUGCCAUAAUGUUAAAAUUAAAAUAUUUAAAAUUUAGUUGCAAUAAUAUCACUGGAAAAUGUUUACAAAAAUUGCCAAUUAAUUUAGAGGAAUUACAUCUUAUGAAAAUAAUUCAUUCGUCAUCGAGUGAUGUUUCAAAUGCAAUUAAUAGACUUUAUAAAUUGAAAGCAUUGACAAUUGAUUCGUAUCCAACGAUAAAUGUUGAAUUAUUGCGAGCUAUUGGUAGUCGAAAUGAUAAUUUACAAAUGUUACGAUUAAGUGGCUAUGUGGGAUUGGAUUAUAUUAAAAAGGAUGAAAUCAAGGAAAUUGCACGUUUUGAAAAUUUGAUAAUUUUCGAUUUUCAACACAAUAGCUACAUCACUGAUAAUGCACUCAAAACUCUUGCAUUUUAUUGUCGAAAAGUUCAAUACAUCAAUAUAAGCUCAUGUUUCGAAAUUUCGGAAAAAGGAAUCGCACAUUUAUCAACGAAACCACGACUCGAGCAUUUAAUUUCAAAUGGCCUGCCAAAAGUAACUGGUGAAAAUUUUGAAAAAAUGCUACAUUUAAAAACACUCGAUUGUCAAAAUUGUCAUCGGCUGAGGGAGGAAAAUUUAUUUAAUUUAAUAAGAACAUCAAUGAAUCUUGAAAUUCUCGAUAUAUCGUGGAAUAAAUUUAAUGUCAAUAGAUUAAUUAAUAUUGCAAAUAUUUCCACAAUGAAAAACUUGAAAAAAUAUAUUUAAUUUGGAAAAAAAAACUGAAGAAGAAGAAGAAUGAAAAUUGGAAUAAAAUAAUUGCAAAAAGAAGAAGAAUAAAUUAUAUCAGGCAAAAAUGUAUAGAGAAUCGAGUUUUUGGAUAUGUAAAUUUAUCAGUAGAGAUCUGAUUUAACAGCCGAGUCAAUGACUUGUGAGAAAUAAAUGAAAUGCGGGUGGGAGUUAAAUGCAAGAAAGAAAAAUAAAAUGUUUCAAGUUUGUAUAAUACUUGGAUAAAGUCACGUAGUCACACACAAGUGUUAGGAUUCGGAAAUUCAAAAUCUCACACACAAUCUCAUUGAUAGACAACACGUAGACAAAAAAAAAUUGAUAACAUUAACGGAGAAUUUAAACAAAAAAUCACUGAAAGAAAAUUCGAAAUUUUUUUUUUUUUUUUAAUAA